UGGGCACAGGUGGGUGGAACUGGUGGGCACAGGUGGGCACAGGUGGGUGGCACUGGUGGGCACAGGUGGGUGGGCACAGGUGGGUGGCACUACUGGGCACAGGUGGGUGGCACUGCUGGGCACAGGUGGGUGCAUUGCUGGGCACAGGUGAGCGCACUGCUGGGCACAGGUGGGCGGAACUUGUGUGUGGUACUGCUGGGCACCGAUCAUCAGGGCACUGAUGAUCAGUGAUCCUGAUGAUCGGUGCCGAUCCCCGCUCUGACAACUUCCGGUUUUUGGCAGCACUUUCCUCCUGCUGCUCUGACAGCGUGAGGAAAGUGCAGCCGAGAACCGGCAUUUGCAU